AUGGCAGCGCGUAGUGGGGUUGCUCGUUUCGUUCUGCGAACGGCUGUUCGGACUUUUUCUCACAGUCGAGCCGCAGCCGCUUCAGUGACCGCCGAGCAGUUGGCGGAGAAGCUGCGGGCGCAGAAGAAGCCAAAAGCAGCCACGGAGAUUCCAAAAGACCGAGUACUGAGGCGAGUGCAAGAAUAUGUUCAGCAGACUCGAUCCUUCCAGAAGCUCCAUCCUAAUGUCCUAGCCAAGGUACUCAAAAAGGGGAUCCUCUAUAAGAACAAAGAGAUUGUAGUAAUAAACAAGCCUUAUGGACUUCCUGUCCACGGUGGGCCUAAGGUGAAGACAUGCAUUACAGAUGUGCUGCCGAUAUUGGCAAAGAUGUUGGAUGGCAUGAAAGCUGAACCUCUGCAUUUAUGUCACCGGCUGGACAAAGAAACUACUGGAGUGAUGGUCUUAGCAAAGGAUGAGCUGAUUGCACACCAGGUCCAAGAGAUGUUCAGAACCCGUCAGGUGGAAAAGAAAUACUGGGCGAUUUGUGUUGGAAAACCAGAGCUGGAAGAGGGGCUGGUGGACAUUCCCAUUGUGGAGAAAGAAGUGGAGAGCCACCAGUCCCAUUUCAAAAUGACACUAGCGCCAAAUUAUCGUGUAUCGCUAGAAGACAGAAAGUUGCGCAAAGUGCACCGGAACAAAGAUGCUCACGUGGCAGCGACCCGGUAUCGUGUGCUGAGUAACUGGUCCGCUUGUUCGCUCCUUGAAUUGGAACCAAUCACAGGAGUGAAGCACCAACUCAGAGUCCACUUGGCUUAUGGUUUAGGUUGCCCAGUCCUUGGGGAUCACAAGUAUUCUCACUGGAACAAGCUAGCACCACAGAAGCUCUCUCUGGGUACAUUGAAGAAACUUGGCUUGGAACAAGUCAAAGCCCGUUACCUCCCUCUCCAUCUGCAUGCCUGCGAGCUUACCUUGCCUGAAAUCAACAGCAACAGGGAGCAGAAAAUCCACUUGUUCUGCAAGCCACCCAUCUUCUUCAAGCGCUCCUUACAGCGGCUAAAGCUAGAAUUUCCUGAAUCAGGAAAAUAAUAAACUAAGAGCAAUUAGCUGUGCUUCUUUGUUGAUGGAACUCCUUUUCCUGACUUUCUAAAGCCAUGGGAGGGUCCCGUGAAAGGUGGAGCACCUGGAGCCUGAUGUUCCCAGGUGUGAAAUGACAGCAUGUGCUUCUCUCAGAAGCUUGCAGCCUUUCAGAGGAAACCCUCCUGCCUGGAAGCUGAAAACAGAACUGAGGAACGUCCACAAGUCUCUCCGGGCCUGUAUGCUGGGUUUCAGAUGAAGCUGGACAUUUGGAAGGAUUCCACAGCUUAUAUGACCUGCUACAACAGUUAACUGGGCACAUAUUUUCAGUAUUUUUCAGUAACAUGUAACUGAUGCUCGAACAGAGUUAGGUAUUCUGCUUAAAUAAAGGACGUGGCCUGUGCUGAGUGAAUGUGAUCCAACUGGAGCAGAGAUAAUUGGGGAGAGGAGAGGAACCCUCAGAAGUUCCUUAUGAUCAGGGUAGAUAACAACUAAGAUACUGAGUUAUGAAUUGGGGAGUUCUUGGUUCGCAUCUUACUUCUGCCAUCAGCUUGCAGAACAGCCUUAGGAAAAUCAGUCUCAACUUUCUCUCCCACCUACAACUGCAGUAGCAUACGAAGCUCAAGUAUGACUUGAUCUGCUGUCUAACCCAGUGUUAUCAGUGCUGAAUGGCAGCUGUUCUUCAGCUCUGACUGGAGACGCCAAGGAUUGAACACACUUUUUGCAUGCAAACUCUGUUCUUCCACUGAGUUACAUCAGUUAUUUUCCUAACACUAGAAGUAUCUUGCACAGGACUUGUAAAAAUUACGGAUAAAUAGCCUACACAAU